GACACACAACGCGCGGUCUCUCUUGCUCCACCUGGCUCCAUCACCUCCCCUCCAUCCUCCGUCAACUUCCUCCGGCUUCGAUCUUCCUCCUCCUCCUCGUUCAACUGCACCAGCAGUGGCACCUCCGUAUCGUCCACCAGCAGCACCACCAGCACCGCUACCUCCUUGACCUCUCUCCCACCACCACCACCACCGCGACGAUGUCGGAGGCGCGUUCCUCGCGCACGGUGCACUCGGUGCGCUAUGGAGCGCAGUACUCCGGUGCCGGCCUUGGCGGGGUGCUGUCCAACUUUGGCGGCGGCGGCGGCUCUCGUUCUUCCAAGUUUGGCGGCGUAGGUCUGGCGCGCGGAAUGGGCGGCGGCUUCGGAGGAGGCCACUGUGGCGGCGGCGGUGGCGGCUACGGCGGUGGCUACGGCGGCGGUGGCGGCUACGGCGGCGGCGGCGGCUACAGCGGGUCCUCCUUCUCGUUCGGCGGAGGAGGCGGUGGAGCGGGCGGCUUCGCAGCCGGCGGGUUCGGAGCGAGGGGGGGCGGUGCGUCCGCCGCUCUCCGGCUGCUGUCCACCAACUUCAGGAACCGCGUCGGCGCCAACAUCAACGUGGGCACGUACGGGGUCAACCCCUCGUUCCUGCAGUCGACCUCGCACGCCGUCACGUCGGUGCACUCCGGCUCGCUGGGCGCGGGGCCCGGCAUGGUGGAGGUGGACCCGGCCUCGUUCCCUUCCAUCGACUCGGUGCAGGGAACCAGAAUCCGCGAGAAGCAGGAACUCCAGGUCCUCAACGACCGCUUCGCCGGGUUCGUGGAUAAGGUGCGCCACUUGGAGCAGCAGAAUGCGAUCCUGAAGGCGCAGAUCUCCAUGUACACCAACACGGAAUCGGGCGGCCCGGCCAACACUACAGUGCUCAUCGGCUCCGUCACGGGGGCCCUCAACUCGCAGAUCGAUGGCCUGCGGCAGCUCAAGGCGGCGCUCGAGGCCGAGAUCGACUACUGGAAGGGCGUGAUCCAGGAGUACACGGCCAAGUAUGAAGAGGAGGCGGAGUCAAACAAGAGCCUGGAGAACGAGUGGAACACCUUGAAAGAUGAGGUGGACAAGACAUACCUCUCCAUUGUGGAGCUGCAGACCAAGGUGCAGGGCGUGGAGGAUCAGAUUGACCUCAUGAAGAAACUCUACAACGCGCGCGUCAAGGAGGUGCAGUCAGCUUUCAUGGGCGUUUCGACCAACGCCGCCGUCUCCAUCACGGUGGACAACUACAACCAGGCACUGGACCUCACCACGGCGCUCAACGAGGUCCGCGGGCACUACGAGGCUUUGGCCGCCAAGAGCAAGGAGGACGCCUUCUCAUCCGUGCAGUCGCGGAUCAUACAGGUGGUCGGCGCCGUCCAGCCCGGAAACCAGGUCCUCGGCGAGGCUAAGCAGGAGCUGCGCUCGCUCAAGAUGCAGAUGGAUGGCCUGCGUCGCGAGAUCGACAAGAUCCGGGAGGCGAACGCGGAGCUGGAGACACAGAUCCAGGAGGCAGAGGCGAACGGCCACGCGCAGCUGGAGCAGUGGCAGGACAAGCUGGCCGUGCUCAAACGUGAGCUCGACGACAUCAAGAAGCAAAUCGCGCAGUACGCACAGGAAUACCAGGAACUGCUGGCCAACAAGAUGGCGCUGGACAUUGAGAUCGCGGCCUACAGGAAACUCCUGGACAGCGAGGAGGCGAGGAUCAGCAGCGGGGGCGGCAUCACCAUCUCCAUGUCCAAGUCCACGACCAUGUCUGGUGGUGGUGGCGGUGGCGGUGGUGGAUUUGGGCUGGGUCUCGGAUUGGGUGGUGGUGGUGGUGGUGGUGGCGGCGGUGGUGGCGGUGGCGGAUUCGGGCUGGGUCUCGGAUUGGGUGGUGGUGGUGGCGGUGGCGGAUUUGGCGGUGGUGGAUUCAGCUCUGGCGGUGGUGGAUUUGGCGGUGGGGGAUUCAGCUCUGGCGGCGGUGGAUUCAGCUCAGGCGGCGGUGGUGGAAGUAGCUCCUUCGGAAAUUACAGCAGCGGUGGAGGCAGCAGCAGCAUGAGCACCAGUUUUGGAGGUGGACACGCGCUCUCGUCGACCCUCAUGGGAUGAGCGGCGAACGGAUUUUGACCGCGAGCCGUCGUCCCGUUUGUUUUUUACACGAACAAAGGAAAAACGUUUCGGAGAUCGAUCAAAUUAACGCAACGUGAAAACCCCAAACACUCCAAACGCCACCCGAGUUUUCCUUCGACAACGCAAAGCUCAAGGCUCCCUGCAGCAUGUACAUUAGCGAAAUGUGUAAUUCCUUUCCACUUGGGGCUAAUAUACACAUGCUUGGGUCCGCAUGUCCGGGGUUAGGGGGGACAUGUUUUACGCCGAUCGUGGCAGGAGGGGGGGCACCUUACCCCCCACACACACCACCGACGGCUGCGCCCCCACUAGACCACGUUUGGAGCUCUUCGCCACCAAACACUGAAAGGCAAAGAGCAAUUAAAGAGCUACAGUGAAACGUCAAUAGCUGGUAAACAGUAGGAGGGGACAAGCAAUUAGGGGGCGGAGGACGCUAGCCAAUCAGACACUGGGACUACCUUUAGCUCUAUCCACACGAGCUAAGCAGUCAAUCAGGGUCUAAUGCUACUCCUAUCCCAAACCCUAACUCAGCUGCACCACUGGCGCAUGGGCCCACCUCCCCUUCCUGUUCACGUUUCACUUCUGUCGCGUUCUUGAUACGGACUGACCGGUGCUCCGCGAUUGUGAACGUGGUCUGUGGCAGUCGGCUGCUUGCGCUGCGGUGGGGUUUGGUGGUGCGGUCUAGUCGGUUGGUUUGACGCUAAUAAACCUACACGCAUAAACCUGAA